AUGUGUGCAGUCGGCCAAACAAUUUUAAGAGACUGGUUGGUUAAACUUGCAUAUACAUACGUAUCGAUAGAUACACUCACAAACGAAUGCAUAUGUUCACACUGUCUAAUUGCCGAGCUUAGAUACGCUAGGGACUCACUUUGGGGAGACCUGUGGCGUUUUUCUCAGAGGGAGGAGAAACCCGUGGCAAGGGGCUACACGCCCCGUCGCGUCAUUAACUAUCUACUUUCAGAGUCAGAGAGGGAGGAGCAAGUGCGUUUUAAACCCACUCACCAGCUUCAGAUUAAGGCGAGUCUUGAGAGAACUGAGGCUUCUGUCAAGGACAAGAUUGAGGAGGACAUGAUUCGAAACUACUCAUCUUAG